GUGUUCUCCCCCAGCCCUGUUCUCCCCAGCUGCCCACCAAGGUUGUGUCCUUUAUCCUUUGGCGAAGGAGUGGAGUUUGACCCUUUACCACCAAAGGAAAUCAGGUACACGUCCUCGGUUAAAUACGACUCGGAGAAGCACUUCAUCGACGACAUCUACAUGCCAGUGGGCUUAAGCAUUUCUUCUUGCAGUCAGACGGUCAUCUGUGUCCCAAACUGCACAUGGCGCAAUUACAAAGUGGAGGUCCACUUCGAGCCCCGCAACAAGCCCCAGCGUUUCACCAGCACCACCAUCGUCUACCCGAAGCAUGCCAAGACUGUGUACACCACCACGCUGGAUUACAACUGUCGUAAGGCCGUGCGGCGGUUCCUCUCCAGCAUAGAGCUGGAAACGUCGGAGUAUCUUGGGAACGACGGUGUCCUGGAUGGUUGCUGA